AUGUCUGAAAAGUUGAAGGAGUUCACGGAGAUCCCCCAGGAGUUCGUGCGAGACGGCAAGCAGUUCCUCGUUCGCUGCACAAAGCCCUCCCAAAAAGAGUUCUUGCAGAUCUGCAAGGCAGUGUCCAUCGGGUUUGCAGUAAUGGGAUUCAUCGGCUAUUUCGUCAAGCUCAUCCAUAUCCCUAUCAAUAACAUUCUUGUGGGUGGUGCAUGA